AUGAGGGUAUAUAGAGUCGAUGGCACGUUCAUUGAUGAACCGAACGAUACCAGAUUUGGUUGGAAUCUAGACGAAAUAAUUGUCGACGAAUCCCAACCAAAUUAUGAGGAACGCAACCGGGAAUACAGAAAGCUAGAGUUAAUGCGGAAGAACUUAGUGAGAGACAGGCUGUUUGACUCUACAGAUUCAGAUACAGAACCUGAUCCACCAGAACAACCCAUAAUAAUGCAUAACUGUGUUCCGAAGGUACAUUCCAACACCACCACAACAAGUAUUGGUUUGGAAGGAAGUGGCAUAACAAACAACUUCAUCAACUUUGAAGACAUAGACUCCAAAAUCCCCAGCAAGGAGGAAUUAAUGAACCUAAUUAACCCUUGCAAUGUGGAAAGCAGAAUGCUUCUAGCUGUAAUCUCAUUCGCCAAAUACAAAACCCUCAAGAAAGAGGAGGUUUUUAAAACCCGCCCUAUAAACCAAAAAACCCGCAACUUCAAACUCUUCUUGAAUGACGAACCCACGAAGAACUUCCAGAACGAACUGCACCAGGAGAUAGAAAACUACCACAACACCAAGGAGGAAAACCUCAUGUCCUUGAUGAUGGAGCUGGUGCUCAACGACAUCGACUGCAAGAUAAGCGACAUAACCGAACUCAACACCAGCGAUCUGGGCAACAGCAUACACAGCAAUUCUUCCAGCAACGCCGAAGAGAGUUCGGUGUAUCUGAGCAACGCCUCAAACUAUUUAAGCAUCCUCAAUAGAGACGAGGUUAUGAGCAGUUUGGGGCUCAGCGAUGAGGACAAGAGCAUUCAAAGUAUAUGCGAUGAAGCCAAAGACAUGCAGGUGCUGAUACGAGACGUCAAAAGCAGUUUUAGGAGUGAGUCUUGCAGAGUGCACGAAAUAAUGCAGGAGGCAACGAAGGUGGAGAAAAACCUCAAAGAGACAAUAUUCCUCAACAACCUCCUGCACUUACUGAACGGAGAUUUGGAUAAAGUCAAGUUGAAAUCGACCCCCUUCAAAAUGCUACUGGACCCGCUAACAAUACCGGACGAGCUGAACCUAAUUGUCUAA